CGGGUGUGCGCCGCGUGCGGCUGCUCGGAGAUCGAGGUAGACGCGGCGCGUGGGGAUGCGGUGUGCACGGGCUGCGGCUCGGUGCUGGAAGACAACAUCAUCGUGUCCGAGGUGCAGUUCGUGGAGAACAGCGGCGGCGGUUCCUCCGCGGUGGGGCAGUUCGUGUCGUUGGACGGUGCAGGCAAAACACCGACUUUGGGAGGAGGAUUCCAUGCGAAUCUGGGAAAGGAGUCACGAGCACAAACUCUACAGAAUGGAAAACGUCAGAUUCACCACUUAGGAAACCAGCUUCAACUCAAUCAACAUUGUCUGGAUACUGCCUUCAAUUUUUUCAAGAUGGCUGUAAGCAAGCAUCUAACCCGGGGGAGGAAGAUGACCCACGUAAUUGCUGCGUGUCUCUACCUGGUGUGCAGGACAGAAGGAACUCCUCACAUGUUACUGGACCUCAGUGAUCUUCUUCAGGUGAAUGUCUAUGUGCUGGGAAAAACUUUCCUUCUGUUGGCAAGAGAACUCUGCAUAAAUGCUCCAGCCAUAGAUCCGUGUUUAUAUAUUCCUCGUUUUGCCCAUAUGCUGGAAUUUGGGGAUAAGAACCAUGAAGUGUCCAUGACGGCUCUCAGGCUACUGCAGAGAAUGAAGCGAGACUGGAUGCACACUGGCCGCCGGCCGUCUGGGCUCUGCGGGGCAGCUCUGUUAGUGGCAGCGAGAAUGCACGAUUUCCGCCGCACUGUUAAAGAGGUCAUCAGGGUGGUCAAGGUUUGUGAGUCUACGCUAAGGAAAAGGUUGACAGAGUUUGAGUAUACGCCAACGAGUCAGCUAACCAUAGAUGAGUUUAUGAGGAUUGACUUGGAAGAAGAAUGUGAUCCCCCUUCAUUCACAGCUGGCCAAAAAAAGCUGAAGAUACAGCAGCUUGAGAAGGCGUUAUCAAAAAAGCUGGAAGAUUUUGAAGGUGAAAUAUCAAGCUAUCAAGAUGAAAUAGAGAUUGAAUUAGAAAAUAGUAGACCAAAAGCAAAAGGCGUAUUUGCAAAUUUAUCUAAAAGUGAUUCUAUAGAAGACAAUACGUUAAGCAUAUUUGGAGAAGAAGAGGCAGAAGAUGAAGAACUGGAAGCAGCUGCUAAUCACUUAAACAAAGACUUUUGUAAUGAACUUCUUGAGAAAGAUAGGUUAAAACCAGGUGAAGAUGGAGAAUGCAAAAAUGGAAGUGAAGCUCCUGUAAGACCACCCGCACUGGAAUCCUUACUUGGUCCACUCCCCACUGCAGCUAGUCUUGGCAUAACAGAGUCCAUAAAAGAGUGUAUUUCCUCUAAGGACCGAGAGCCUGGUGAAAAUACAGGAGAUGGUGAAUUAGAUCUCAGUGGAAUUGACGACAGUGAAAUAGAUAGGUAUAUACUUAAUGAAACAGAAGCUCAGAUAAAAGCAGAGCUGUGGAUGAAAGAAAAUGCAGAUUACUUGAAGGAACAAAAAGAAAAGGAAGCAAGAAUAGCAAAAGAGAAAGAACUUGGGAUUUAUAAGGAACACAAGCCAAAGAAAGCUGCAAAGAAGCGGGAGCCAAUUCAAGCCAGCACAGCAGGAGAGGCAAUUGAAAAGAUGUUAGAACAGAAGAAAAUCUCAAGUAAAAUUAAUUAUAAUGUGCUAAGGGACCUGAACAGCAAAGGAAGUAACACACCAAAGAAAGAGGAUGACAGCACUGAUGACAGCACCAACACCAAGAAGCUGUCAAGAAGAAAAUCUAUUGCCAGUAGGAAUAUAGCCAGCCCUGUAAACAGUGUGGGAAAAAGGUUAAGACCCUUGAUUUCUACACAGCUGGCUAAGAAGGCUGCCACUGAGGAGGUGACCUUUCCAAAUGCACAAGCAGAAGCCUCUAACUUAGAAAAGCCAGCGACUGUGCUAGUGGAGAGCGGCCCAGUAGCUUAUAACCUUGAUGAAGAGGUGGAAGAGGAAGAAGCAGAAGAAGAAGAUGAUCACUGCAUGAGUGCAUUGCAGUUAAUGGGAGGAAACGAUUAUGGCUGUGAUAUGGACGAUGAUGAUGGCUAUUAGUUCUGUUUACUUCUAAAGACAUGGACUAUUUCUUGUUCCCAGAAAAACUGCAAUCAUCUUCAAACUGUACGAAUGGUGAAAGAAGCAGUCUAUGGUCUGCAAAUGUUAUCAAGCAAUCCUUACUUCUGUAAAGUGAAUUUUAGCUUUGCGUUGGCUCUGGUCAGUUUACAUUGACUCAUAACCCAGCAAUAAUGUUUGGGUUUGUACUUGAAUUAUUUUUAUUUUGGUGGUUGUGGUUUGAGAAUAAAAUUAUUGGGAGUCAUGUUUUCAGACAACAAAAGAAAGAGACAAAAUAGGCAACGUAAAAAGAGUUAUAUGACUCUGCUUAGUGCACAUUAUUGAAAGGGAGCAUACAGAAGGACAGACAGUGGGAUGGAUAAAAAUGAGAAGCUCACCACCUGAUUGAGUACACCAGGAUUAAUUGUCUUAAAUACUACAGCCAACAGAGAACACUUCCAACAUUUACUGACAAAUUGCCCUUGUCAUUCUAUGCAAUCUUCCAUGCUCAAGCCUAUCAUAAAUUGACAACAAGUUAUGUAUUGUACCUGUUUCUCUGAAAUAGAGUAAAUAUUUGCUGAUACUAAUCAA